AAGAAAAAAAAAAACACCAAAAAAAACCUCACCAUAAAGAGCUUGGUACCAAGCCUGAUAACCUGAGUUUGAGUCUUCAGAACCACGUGGUAGGAGGAAACCAACUCUUGCAAGUUGCCCCUUGAUCUCCACAUGUAUGCGGUGGCACGUACCCAUACACUAAAUCAAUUCAUCAAGGCCCAGCAAGAUGGCUCAGGUAAAGGUACCUACAGCCAAGCCUGAUGACCUAAAUUCAAUACCCAGGACCCACAUAGUGGAGAGAACCAACCAGUACUGACUUGCUCACCAUAAAUAAUCAGAGAAGAGCUACUCUGGGGGAUGGGAGGAGUUAGGGUCAAGCCCUGCCCCAGACAUCCCCGUUUCCAAUUUCUCCCAGUCAGCUGUGCUGCUCAGCUGUCCUCUCCCCUCCAGCCCUGUCAUUUCAGCUCUGCCACCAAGGUGAAAGGCUAGGAGGCCUACGAAUACUGCGUGGGUAGCUGGUGUGAGUCCAGAGGGUACUGGGGGGCUUAGCCCCAAAGGAAGAGGACCAGCCCUCCCCCAGCACCAUCAUCAAGGCCCCAGGGAUCCCCUCUUCUCUCCACAGACUGUGGACUGAUUUAGGGAGUCUCAAAAUUUCUCCCAAAGCCUCUCUUCACUGACCACCCUUCUGUAAGGAGCGGAAUAAAGGAAAAGAAGAAUGGCAGUCAGGGAUUAGAUAUCAUAGUGGGGUCCAACCUCUUGCAGGAUGACAGAAAAGGAGGUGCUGGAGUCCCCUAAGCCCUCCUUCCCAGCAGAGAAUCCUCAAAGUGGGCUACAGCGGCUGAAGCAGCUAUUCAGGAAGGGCUCUCCAGAGACAAAGGAGAUGGAGCUUCCCCCAGAGCCCCAGGCGAAUGGAGAGGCAGUGGGAGCUGGGGGUGGGCCUAUCUACUAUAUCUAUGAGGAAGAGGAAGAAGAGGAGGAGGAGGAAGAACCCCCCCCAGAACCUCCUAAGCUUGUCAAUGACAAGCCUCACAAAUUCAAAGAUCACUUCUUCAAGAAGCCAAAGUUCUGUGAUGUCUGUGCCCGGAUGAUUGUGCUCAAUAACAAAUUUGGGCUCCGCUGUAAGAAUUGCAAAACCAACAUCCAUGAACAUUGUCAGUCCUACGUGGAGAUGCAGAGAUGCUUCGGCAAGAUCCCACCUGGUUUCCAUCGGGCCUAUAGCUCCCCACUCUACAGCAAUCAACAGUAUGCUUGUGUCAAAGAUGUCUCUGCUGCCAAUCACAAUGACCCUGUGUUUGAAACUCUGCGCAUCGGGGUGAUCAUGGCAAACAAGGAACGGAAGAAAGGACAGGCAGAUAAGAAAAAUCCUUUAGCAGCCAUGAUGGAGGAGGAGCCAGAGUCAGCCAGGCCAGAGGAAGGCAAGUCUCAGGAUGGAAACAACCCAGAAAGAGACAAAAAGGCUGAGAAGAAGACACCUGAUGACAAACAUAAGCAGCCUGGCUUCCAGCAGUCUCAUUACUUUGUGGCUCUCUAUCGGUUCAAAGCCUUGGAGAAGGAUGAUCUGGAUUUCCCGCCAGGAGAGAAGAUCACAGUCAUUGACGACUCCAAUGAAGAAUGGUGGCGAGGGAAAAUUGGAGAGAAGGUCGGAUUCUUCCCUCCAAACUUCAUCAUUCGAGUGCGGGCUGGAGAACGUGUGCACCGAGUAACGAGAUCCUUUGUGGGGAACCGUGAGAUCGGACAGAUCACUCUCAAGAAGGACCAGAUUGUAGUGCAGAAAGGAGAUGAAGCUGGUGGCUACGUCAAGGUCUACACCGGCCGCAAGGUGGGGCUGUUCCCCACCGACUUCCUAGAGGAGAUUUAAGUGUACUGGCUCCUGCAGGCGGGAGACACCUGUACCUCAUUCUGGGCAGACGCUGUGGAGGUUGGGGAAGAAAAGGGCGAAAGCAAAUGGACCGGAUGGGGGCACGACUUCUAGAACACGACAAGGCUUCUGGGAAGGGACUGGCUUCU